UUUUCUUAAACAUUCUAAUUUCUUGAUUUCUUGGUGUUAAAAGAAAACAGAGCCCAGGGAGUAGGAGAUCCAAUGGCCACACAAAGGCAGGCGGGCAUAGACCCUGCCUUACUGGAUUACAUAAUCGAAAGGCUAACGGAGGUCCGAUCAGCUAGGCUAGGCAAACAGCUGGUGGAGCUCUCGGAGACUGAGAUCAGAAAGCUGUGUCUAGCUUCUAAGGACAUCUUUCUUCAACAGCCUAAUUUGCUUGAGAUCAAACCUCCCAUCAAGAUUUGCGGGGACAUUCAUGGCCAAUAUUGUGAUUUAUUAGGGCUUUUUGAGUGUGGUGGUUAUCCCCCUGAAGCCAAUUACUUAUUUUUAGGGAGCUAUGUUGACCAUGGGAAGCAAAGUUUGGAGACAAUAUGCCUUUUGCUUGCUUAUAAGAUCAAAUAUCCAGAGAACUUCUUUCUUCUGAGAGGAAACCAUGAAUGUGCUUCUAUGAAUCGGAUAUAUGGAUUUUAUGAUGAAUGUAAACGGCGUUAUAAUGUGAGGCUUUGGAAAAUCUUUACUGACUGCUUCAAUUGCCUUCCUGUUGCGGCACUAAUAGAUAAGAAAAUAUUGUGCAUGCAUGGCGGUCUUUCCCCUGAUUUGGCAAAUUUGGAUCAAAUUAGAAAUUUGCCUAGACCAACUGAUGUUCCAGACACUGGUUUACUAUGCGAUUUGCUCUGGUCAGAUCCUUGUAGAGAUAUUCAGGGUUGGGGAAUGAAUGACAGAGGAGUUUCAUAUACUUUUGGUCCUGAUAAGGUGUCAGAAUUCUUGACAAAGCAUGAUUUAGAUCUUGUCUGUCGUGCAAAUCAGUUUGUGGAGGAUGGGUAUGAAUUCUUUGCAGGAAGGCGGCUUGUCACUAUUUUUUCAGCUCCCAACUAUCGUGGUGAAUAUGAUAAUGUUGGUGCCAUGAUGAGCAUAGAUGAAAAUCUGAUGUGCACCAUUCACAUUUUGAAGCCUGUUUUGAGAAAAAAAAAAAAAUGACAGAUGCAGCAUCUUUGAUCCCUAGACAUUGCAGAUGAUGAUAAUGCUUAUGUUGUUUAUGCGUUUUGUGUUCGUUUGUGGAUUCUUGUUUGUAUCUUCUUUUUGCCCCAUCUCAGUUUUCUUUCUUCUUUAACGCAAGCCAUUUUCUCUAUAUUAAUGAAGAAUAUGCAUUGUUUGUA